AUGGUCCGUUGCGCAUCCAUUGCCACGUCACCGAACAGAUGGUCUCUCCAAGGAAUGUCUGCUCUUGUCACCGGCGGCACUCGAGGCAUCGGACGUGCGGUUGUUGAAGAACUGGUCGGUCUUGGAGCAAAGGUUCACACUUGCUCUCGAAACUCAACAGAGCUCGAGAAAUGUUUAAGAGACUUGAACCAUUCGGGUUUCCGAGUCUCUGGUUCGGUCUCCGAUGUCUCUGAUCGAGCUCAGCGAGAGAGCUUGAUGGAGACUGUGUCUUCUCUCUUCAACGGGAAGCUUAAUAUCAUGGUAAACAAUGUUGGGACUAACAUAAGAAAACCAAUGGUGGAUUUUACUUCUGAAGAGUUUUCGAGUCUUGUUUCCACGAAUUUCGAAUCGGUUUUUCAUUUAUGCCAGCUUGCUUACCCGAUGCUUAGAGCAUCUGAGGAUGGAUGUGUUGUGUCUGUAUCCUCUGUUUCUGGUUUUGUCUCUCUCAAGAAUAUGUCUGUCCAAUCUGCAACCAAAGGAGCAAUCAAUCAACUUACUAGAAACUUAGCUUGCGAGUGGGCUAAGGACAAUAUAAGGGUUAAUGCUGUUGCUCCUUGGUAUAUCAAAACAUCUAUGGUUGAGCAAGUUCUUAGCAACAAAGAGUACUUAGAAGAAGUUUACUCUGUAACUCCUCUUGGUCGGCUUGGAGAACCGAAGGAAGUGUCUUCUGCUGUGGCGUUUUUAUGCCUACCUGCAUCAUCUUAUAUCACUGGGCAGAUUCUAUGUGUUGAUGGAGGAAUGUCUAUUAACGGUUUCUCUCCACGACAUGAUUAGUCAACUCUUAUUAGUUUCCUUUGUGAUCCUUAUGCUUUUUAGUAUUUCUUUUUGGCC